UACCGUCAGUGGCUCCUGCCAGUGUAAGAGGAGGAAACGGUCGCAGACACGAGCUGGUCAUAUCCUGGGAGCCCGUUUCUGAAGAAUUCCAAAACGGGGAGGGUUUCGGCUACAUCGUGGCAUUCCGGGCCAAUGGGACGCGUGGAUGGAAAGAAAAGAUGGUGACCUCGGCAGACUCCACCACAUAUAAGUACAGGGACGAGACCUUCCCCCCUCUCACCCCAUUUGAGGUGCGGGUGGGAGUGUAUAACAACAAAGGCGACGGACCAUUCAGCGAGGUGGUCACUGUGUUCUCAGCUGAAGGAGAACCCAAGGAGCCUCCUACUGACCUGCAGGCGAUUGCAGUCUCCUCCUCAGAAAUGAGAGUGAUGUGGAAGCCGCCCGGUCCCGGUCCUGGAAGACCCCAAGGCUAUGAGGUGACUUACUGGAAGGACAUGGAGCAGGAGGAGACGGGGAAGAAAAGGAGGACGGUGGGAAAUGAGACGAGCAUGCUUCUGUCAGGAUUGGAGGGAAACACGCAGUAUUUGAUCUCAGUUAAAGGCUUUAACAGCGUCGGUCAGGGCCCAUCAAGUUCGCCCAUCAGAAUCAGCACUAGAAAAAACGCCCCUAGUUUACCCCCAGGCAACUUAAUGUGGAUUCAGGAAGGGAACAAUGUUUCUUUAUCCUGGGAUCCAGUGAAAGCCAGGGACAAUGAGUCAGAUGUCAUCGGUUACAAGGUGUUACUGCGUCAGGAGGGGCGUGGCCACAGCCAGGUCACGAGAACUCCAAACUCGGCCAUCGUUUUGACCCUUCCUGAGGGAGGGACGUACAUCAUCGAGGUGCGUGCGGUGAGCGAUGGAGGCGAAGGGGCCGCCAGCGCCCAGGUCAGACUGCUUACUUCUUCUGGAGUGCGUGCAAAGAAUGGGCAGAUCUCCGUUCAUUAUCUGCCUGCAGGCUUGGCGUGGACUUCUCUGUUCCUGUCAUUAUUGGUGCCUUCUUUUCCCUUGUGAGGCUACUGAGUAUCCUGAAAUCUUCCCAUCGCCUGCCCUGCGACAACCACUCCCAACUAAGCCUAUAUGAAGGGAACGGGCCUGCCUGCUGUGGCCCGUACCAUCGACAGGACCUAAAGGCCAGCCAAAUGGAAGUGCUUCUUUUCCAGGCAAAUAUCACGAACUUCAACUCUGGACGACUUCUCUGUAUUUUUUCUGUUUCCGGGUUUCUUUUCAGGACACGUUUGUAGUAUUGUGCUGUGCAAAGUUCAGAGACGACUGUCUGAAAUCGUGUACGCCACGAUGCCGUUAACAAGACAUUUUAUAAAGUAGGGACUUCCAGAGAAGUUUGCAAAGCUGCUGGGACCGUCCGCUGCUCUGUGCGAACGUGGCUUCCCUCAUUACGUUACCGCAUCCAUUUUUACCCUUCGGCUGCCUAACAAGCGACGCAGAGUAAAGCUCAGUAGAGAUAAGUGCAUUGUUUUCUUACUCACAAACGGAGCGAGAAGUGAGACAUUUUUAUAGUGCUGAAAAUCUUACUAUUUCCAGACUUGCUUUUUGUACAUUGUGUUACCUUUAGAGAAACAAACAAACAAAAAAAUACAGUGGUGUGUUUCGGUCGGCUGCGUCAAAGUUUUUGAACUUCCGUUCACGUUUUUGUUAAGUUCGUUGGCUUUUGAGAACCAGUGAGGUUGCUGGGCAACAGUGAAGCUGAUGGAGGAUCUGAACUCAACUUGUCGUGCCCAAACACUUCAGUAGACAAAGACCACGGCCGAUCUGUGACAGUUGAAAUAAAUGUGAUGUAUAUUUUUAAAGGGCUCUUGUGUGUGUCUGUUCUGGGUGAAGAUCUCUUGAUCUGAUUGCUAUCGAUUCGUUCUAUCAACAGAGUUUGUUGCGGCCAAAAUUGAGUUGGAGACAAUUACAUUGGUCAGGAAUGAUUCUGUUCUUACUUCAGCUGCUCAGAGAUCCCAGAAUUCAAUAGUUACCCUGAAGCAUCGCUUAGAAAUCUGCUCUGGGCUUUAUAAAGUCUAUAGCCAGAGGAGCAAAUAGCAGGUGUAAAUCAUUUGAGAAUGGGAUGCCAAGCCAAUAUAUAGUUAGCUCUUGAAUAGAUUCAGUCAUUUUGAAAGGCUUUUAUUGAAACAGUAUGUUCUGUAACCUUCAAAUACUUAAUACUAUUCAAAAGCACUCAGCUUGAAUAAAUACAGUUAAUUAUGCAUUAACUUGUUAACUACAAAUAUGUAAGAAUUUGUUUUAAAACUGAAUCCACCAGAAAUUUCUAUUCAUCACUGUUUGCAGAUUUUAAAGAGCACCUAUUAUGCAAAAUCCACU